UCUAGGGCUCUCUUCAGGUAUAAAGGAGAACAGAUUAUUCACGACUGCUCUGGUGUAGAUAUAGACGAGCUACGUCAAAAAUUCACGGAUGAAGAUCGUGCAUUCGCAUUUGUUCGUGUUCUUGCUGGAGAUGAAAUGAGCAAAAGGAAAAAAUUUGUCCUUCUCACAUGGAUUGGUCCCAAAGUUGGUACAUUGAAAAGGGCUAAAGUUUCUGUUGACAAAGCUGAUGUAAAACAAGUUAUACAGAAUUUUGCAGUAGAACUUCAACUUGAAAGUCCAGAUGAGCUAACAGAAGAGUUCUUGCGUGAUCACGUGGAUAAAGUAGGAGGAGCAAAUUAUGGAACAGGAACGAGAAGUUAAGGCUGGGCCUUUUGUAUUUACAGUAUCAUAAUGAAGAUAUUUUUUGUUACCAUUUAUAUAUGUAUUUCUUUUUAACUCUAUUGUUUCUAUUCUGCAAACAAAGUGUUAGCUUUCUGAAAUAAAGCGGUUUAUACUUAAAUA